AAAAUGGAUACAAGUUUCAACGACAGUUCAAAUGUUUUUGAGAAUGAUGUCCAAUAUUUUGAGACUUUUAAUUCAAUUUUGAAGGUUGUUGAUGAACGUGAAGCUGAGUUGUCUAAUUCACGUUUAUUUUCUUUGUGGGAAAAUGUUUAUAAAUCCGAAAAUGUUCUGGAUCAAAAAAUUAAAAAAUCAGCUUCUUAUCAAGGUUAUUUUUAUUAUGUUUUAUGGAGAAGUUUAAGGGAUAGGAUUACAUCUAAAAUAAGAUAA